GGCGUUCGCACCGCCCUCCCAUUCUUCCCUUAUCACCAGCAACGUUACAAUUCCAUACCUACCUCGCCCUCCUCGCGGGCAUCAAACCCCAAGCUUCCAGAAGAAAACGAAUAGCAAACUUGGAGGCAUGAGCUGGUGGUGGGCCGGAGCUAUAGGCGCCGCGCGGAAGAAGCUCGACGAGGACUUCGGCGGUGGCGGCGCCGCCCCUAAGUUCCAGAGCGUCGGCCUGGUGAUCGGUGUCACCGGAAUCGUCGGCAACAGCCUAGCGGAGAUCCUCCCGCUCGCCGACACCCCCGGCGGCCCCUGGAAGGUCUACGGCGUAUCCCGACGGCCCCGCUCCUCCACCUUCCCGUCCCAAACCGAGGGCCUCGCGAUCGAGCAUGUCCAGUGCGACAUCUCCGAUCGCGAGGACGCCCUUGCCAAGCUCUCUCCGCUCACCGACAUCACCCAUAUCUUCUAUGUGGCGUGGGUUAAUCGCUCCACCGAGGCCGAGAACCGGGAGGUCAAUUCUGCCAUGUUCCGCAACGUCCUUGCCGCCGUCAUCCCCAACGCAUCCAAUCUCCAGCAUAUUUGCCUCCAGACCGGCCGCAAGCACUACGUCGGCUCGUUCGAAUCCAUGGGCAAGGUGAAAACCCAUGAGCCCCCGUUCGUCGAGGAUCUCCCGCGGCUCAGUUGCCCCAACUUCUACUAUGACCUCGAGGACAUCCUUUUCGAGGAGGUGGCGAAGACGGACGGGAAGGUGACGUGGUCGGUCCACCGCCCGACGAAUAUCUUCGGCUUCUCGCCAUCUAGCCUCAUGAAUUUGAUGGGGACUCUCUGCGUCUACGCCGCCGUAUGCCGGCGAGCGGGGGUUCCUCUCCGGUGGCCUGGGAGCCGGGUAGUUUGGGAAGGGUUCAGCGAUGCCUCCGAUGCCGACCUCAUCGCCGAGCAUCAGAUCUGGGCGGCGGUCGAUCCGUAUGCCAAGAACGAGGCCUUCAAUUGUAGCAACGGGGAUGUGUUCAAGUGGAAGCACUUGUGGCCGUUGCUGGCGAAGGAGUUCGGCGUGGGGUGGGAGGGGUACCAGGGGGAGGCGGCUCGGUUCAAGCUGGAGGACGCAAUGAAGGGGAAAGAAGGUCUGUGGGAGGAGAUGGUGGCGGAGCACGAGCUCGCGCCGACGAAGCUGGAGGAGGUGGGGAACUGGUGGUUCGUCGAUGCGGUGCUCGGCCUUGAGGAGGAGUAUCUGGACAACAUGAACAAGAGUAAGGAGCAUGGGUUCUUGGGGUUCCGAAACACGGUAUCUUCUUUCAAUUCUUGGAUUGAUAAGAUUAGGGCUUACAAGAUUGUUCCUUGAUAUUGCUUUGCUUGCUUGGUUUGCCUUGCUUCCAUGGCGUGAUCUAUAAACUCGCGUUGCUUCCUUUGUUUGCCUUUUUCUUUGUUGUCAUGGACGGGUUGGUUGGAUGAAGUAUGUGUUUGUGAAAAUGAUUGAAUGAGAUAAGGAUGCAAAGCUCUUCUCGGCUGUGUUAUUGGUCUUA